ACCAUGGCUGAGUUUGGGGAUCUUUUGAGGGCUCUGGGGGAGUUUGGGCUCUACCAGAAACUGCUGAUCCUGCUCCUCUCCCUCCCACUACUUCUCAAUCCUUUCCAAAUGGUUGGCCAAGUCUUCAUGGUUGUGGAAGUGCCUCACCACUGUGACACCAGCUGGAUCCGCGCCGUCGGCCCCAACCUGACGGAGGAAGAGCAGCUGAACCUCACCCUGCCCCGCGGCGCCGACGGGCAGUUUGAGCAGUGCUCCAUGUUCUCCCCGGUGGACUGGGACCUGGAUGCCAUCCUGGCCUAUGGACUGAACCACACGCAGAAGUGCAGCAGUGGCUGGGUGUACCCCUCAGAGCAGCCACCGUCCCUGCUGACCGAGUUUGACCUGGUGUGUGACAGGGCGUUCCUGAACGACGUCUCCCAGUCCAUCUACAUGGCUGGGCUUCUCAUUGGAGCCAUGGUCUUUGGGAUGCUAAGUGACAGGAUAGGCAGGCGGCCAGUCUUCCUCAUCUGCAUCUUCAUCCAGGGGGUGUUUGGCCUGGGAAUUGCCUUCGUGCCCCAUUUCUAUGUGUUCAUGGCCUUCAGGUGUGUCGUGGGAGCUGCGGUGUCAGGAAUUAUGAUUACAGUCGUAUCCCUCGCUACAGAAUGGGUUGGUGUCUCCCACCGGACAAAGUCACUACUGAUCACUCACACUGCUUUCGCCAUCGGGCAGAUGUCAGUGUCUGGCAUGAGUUAUGGAAUUCGCAACUGGAGGCUGCUGGAGAUUGCAGGAUCUGCUCCUAUACCCAUUCAGCUUUAUUUCCUGCAACUAUAUCCCACACGACUAUCUAAGGUGCUGACUAAAACCAAAACUGAGAUUGUUAGCAAUGUGUGGAAUGUUGCAUGUCUUCUAACCUUUCUAAUUUCUGGUUAUAAAGCCCCAGAAAACCAUCUGGUGACAUGUUCUACUCUGCUUUACUUGAAUUUCAGGUUUGCAGACAGCAUUGUCUACUAUGGGCUGAGCCUCAGUGUGACAGAUUUUGGUCUGGACAUCUACCUGACACAGCUGGCCUUUGGGGCAGUGGAGCUUCCAGCUCGAAUUUCCUGCAUUUUCCUGCUGGAGUGGUUUGGAAGGAAGAAAGUGCAGGGCAUUCUCCUGUUCCUGGCUGGCCUGAUAUGUCUCAUCCUCAUUGGCAUCCCUGAAGACCAGCCCGUGGUAAUCACUGUCCUGGCCAUCAUUGGCAAGUUCACAGCCACGGCCGCUUUCUCCACCUCCUACGUCUACGCCGCUGAGCUCUUCCCCACCAUCCUCAGGCAGACAGGCGUGGGGCUGUGCUCGACCAUGGCGAGGGUGGCCGGGAUCCUGGCCCCGCUGAUCAUUCCCCUGGACCAGUACCACCGGGCCAUCCCCAAAGCCAUCUUUGGGAGCAUCCCUGUGCUGGUGGCCCUGUUCUGCAUCCUGCUGCCAGAGACACGCGGUGUUGACCUGGCAGAUGAUACAGGGGACGAACAACCUCUGGAUGAGGAGCAGAAAACUGAAGUGUCUCUCUGA